UCAACACCGCGUACAUAACUUCCGCUCACUGUUCCAGCCAAUAGGCGUUGGAGGUGGGCGGAACAAGAGAAAAAGAAAGCCAGCCAGACAAUCUUAAACCAAUUUAAUAGAAGAAAAACCGGAGUUAAUGCUGAAAUUCAGAGAAAUAGAGAAUCGCUGCAGCUACAGGAAAACUCUGAAAACCAGGUCCUGUUAUUUUACGAGCUCCUGUCCUCUGAGCCAUGAGAGUUAAUGAGAGGUGAUCUCUGAAUUCAGGAUUAAAGUGUAUUUUUUAAACAGAAGAGAAGUGGAAGCUUCCCGUGUCCGUUAGAUUAACAAACAGGCUGAGACACAGUGAGUAUUUCACGGCGCUCUCUUUAACGCGUUUUAUACUGGAUCGCAGCGGCAGAUGGAGAAGCCCUCAGUCAGGUCCGCGUUACUAAGCCAUUGAUUGAGCAGCUCUCCGGUAUUAUUAUGUCGGGUGAUAUUAGUUUAUUUGACCUGGUGAACGCGUCCAUCGGGACGCCGGAACCCGGAGCCGUUAAUUUCAGCGCUCUGCACGCGCUGCUGCACGCCAUGCUGGAGCACCUGAACAUCCAGGACGUGAGCGCGGUGUGGAAGGACUCGGAUGCGGGUCGCGGCCCCGGCGAGUCGCCGCUGUCAGCGGGCUGCCCGCAGAACCCGUACCGAGGCAUGCAGGACAAGCUGCAGCACAUAGAGCAGCAGCUGGCCGCGCUGGAGCGCCUCCCCAGCGGCUCCGAGCUGCUCGCCGGAUCCGGGUCCGUGAACGACGUGUGGCAACUGCUGCAGCUCCGCCGGAGGGUGGAGGGCAGCGAAGACGGAGUUACCAGAUGUGUGGCUCUGAUCCAAGACUUACUGGUGGAGAUUAAGGAACUAAAGAAAUCAAGAGACAGUCUGAAGAAGGAAGUUGAAAAUCUACAGAUCCAGUUCAAUCAGAUCAAUAUGGAGCAGCUGUUUGAUAAAUUUGCUGCUGUGGAGCAAUGCCUCCACCAUGUGGAAGAGCUGAAGAGUGCCACGAAUGAGCUAAAAGAAAAAGUAACACUCUUUCCUGAACCUGACGAGUUCACCCAGUGUGUGACAUGGGAAGUAAUGCAGGCAGCGCUUGUCAGUGAGAGACAAAAGACGAUGAAGGAACUGAAGGACAGCAUCACAGGUACUGGGCUGUCAAGACCAACCUUGAACAUCGCUUUGACCCGGAGGGACUCUUCUGCUGUUGGCCUGCCUGGGUUGUCUGAAUCUGCUGUCUCCGCUUCUCCAGUCUUGGGUAGCUCCCACAUCCCGUCAUCUCAGCAGGGUCUUCUGGACUUGGUGUCUGAAAGAGAUCUUCCUUUGCUGUCACGGGUAAGCAGUGGGGCACAACACUACCCAGAGACGUUGGAGGCACUGAGGAACGUGGGUCGUCUACAGGAGAAGCACGAGAGCUUGGAGGCCCGCGUAAAGUGCUUGGAGGGAGGCAAGGCAGACCAUGCGCAGGUCCAGCAGCUCAGGGAACUGCUCAGUGAUAUGGGAGAAAGGGACAUGCCUGAAAAUAUACAGGAGCAGCUGAAUCAUCUGAACACUCUGAUGGAGACUGUAAUAGCAGAUAGAGACAAGGUGACUGAAAUGGAGAGUCUGAUCAUGGGCACAGAGAGAGAGAUGAGUGUGUCAGAGAGUUCAGAGUUACGUACAGAGGGAACUGAGUCCAGCAGUAGUGCACCACAGCAGCAACCACAGGAUCUGCAGAUUUUUUAUUUCAGGAAUGCUAUGCAGAAGCUUGGUGAAGAAGUACAAAAGCUAAAGCAAGAUAUAGCAGCAGUGAACCUGGCACAGAAGAGGAGCACAGAUAAACAAAAGCAGGAUCAGUUGGACCACCCACAGCCCACACUGGAGGAAGUGAAGUCACCACCCUCUGCUGUUGUGCCGGUUGUGCCGGGGAGUCUUCAACACGAGUCAGCUGAGCUAGACCAGAGUGUUCAGGAACAGGCUGCUGCUCAGGUUCAGGGGCAGAGCAGGAGUCAGUCUGAAGGUCAGGGUGGUCUGUCAGGUCAGGGAGGUCAGGCUGGACCAUGCUCUGUGGAUUUGGGCAGAAAGGUCAGUCAGCUGUUCCAGCACUAUGAGACAUUGCACAACCUGAUCAGAGGUUUCAUGAAGCAGCAGGCUAGCAGCAGGAUGGCACAGUGCACUGAUGCUACCUCUGAACUGGCGAGUGAUGUCCAGAGCACCAUCCUGUGUCUCCAAUCUGAGUGUGAACAAAUCCACAUCACAACCACCCAUCUGCAGGAGGAUCAAAGUCAGAAACAACGUCGCAUUGAUUACCUGUACAAGGCUGUGGAGGAGCUGGACAAGAAGAAAGCAGAUAGAGAGGUGGUGGAGAUGAAGAUUGGCAUUAAAGCAGACAAACAGGCCCUGGAGUCCAAAGUUAGCCGCACUCAGUUCGACACUAAGACAGAGCAGCUGAACGGGAUGUUUGAGGAGCUUCUCGGUAGGGUUACAUGUCAGGAGCAGGACUGGAACAAGUUCAUUGACAAGAUUUCGACAGAAAUGGAGUCCAAGUUGGACCGUAUUGAACUGGAGCCGCUAAAGCAGCAGCUGGAGGAUCGCUGGAGGAGCAUUCGCAAGCAGCUACAGACCCAGCCAGCACCUGAAUACGACGAAGCCGCCGGCUUCAGGAAGCAGCUUGUGGCGAGGUUUAAUUGCAUCUCCUGUGACCGUCCUGUUGACAUGAUGACUCCAGGACAGCAUUUGCUGACGGUCCCUUCAGCUCCUGGGUUUCCUUGCCACAAAUCAAACCGACCAUACACCGUUUAUGAGCUGGAGCAAGUUCGUCAGCCCAAGAGGAGCAUUGCACAGAUACGACAGAACUCUAGUGAGAUGUGCAGGUGGACAGACAGAGUGCAGAAUAAGUUUGACUCGUCCCAAAGAGACACCAGCCAGAGCAGCCUCUUCCCACCCAUCUCCCUCCCACUGCUCAGGACCAGCCAAAGCCUUCCCCAACACGAGCGCAUCCCGGAAAUGGCCAGCUAUGGUUACCUGACGAUGUCCCGCAGUUGUGGAGGCAAUCACACUCUCACCUACGCCAACCGCCGCUACAGUCACCUGCAGCACAUCACACAGCUGAUCCAGACAGAAGAGGAUUCAGAGGUGGACAUCCUGGGUGUGGAUGGACACAUCUAUAAGGGUCGUGUAAAAACCAGGGCUGUAAAGACAGUGGAGUCUCGUCUGCCCACCAUCUCUUCCAAAGAAGGCAGCUGCAAAAGCAGAGACAGGGGGAGCCGCUGUCAGACGCAGAAGUGCAGUGGAGCCGAGCCCGGCCGCAGGUCCCCUCUCCGGCCCCAGAGUGCCAAAACACAGGGCAGCCGCUCGGCCUCGAGCAGCUCUGUUAAAGGCCGGCCUGUAACCUCCAUGGACUGCCUGUCCCAACCUGUCGCACCUCAGUCCUCUGCUGACCCCAACAGUGAGCUCCUGCAGGGUGGAGAUAUCCUCAGAGGCUUUAGCCAAUCACAGAACACACCAGUGACCUCGCUGUAGACCUCCUCCAGUUCUAUCUCAGCACGGCCUAACCUUGUUUUAGUAAACUGUUUACAGCAGUAAAUGUGAUUUUAUUACAAAAAUAAAAAAAAAGAUACCAUCCAGUACUAACACUGAUAUUCCACCAGUCUCCAGUUCUUCAGCCUCUCACUGUCACAGCCUGUACCCUGAUCAUCAGUGAAGAGGAACAUCCAGAGAAUCAGCACUGAUUACAUAUUAUUCCAGUGGUUAAGAAUUAACUUCUGGGUAGAGGAUAGAAAAUCCACCUUUUGAACAUAUUUAUACUCCAGUGGUUCUGUAGUCAGAAAGAGCACUAGAUCAGGGUUCAUUCUUGGUUCAGUUUUAGAUGUUUGUAAUGGUAAAUAAUCAAACUCUGCUGGACUCCGCCCCUCCAAAGUCCUAUAUUAUAAAUAUAAUCCUUAGUCUAGUUUUAUUCACAGUGUUGUUUGAAGACUGAUCCACUGAUUAUACAAGUGGAAUCAGGUGAGCUGCUGAUUGUUUAGAGUGAAAACCUGAAGCCACUCUGACCCUUCUGGCAGAAGUUUGGACACCCCUUGGUAGAGGAUGAUCAGCACAAAGUGUGUAUGGGAAGACAGUUAGGUACACAUGUAUGUGGAGAUGAUGAGAUCUCCAUGAGAUUUCCUUAUAUACACUCAAUUUAAUGAUGUUUUCACUCGUCCCAUAGAAUCACUUGUUUCAAAACUGGGUAGACUGUCCUCAUCUUUCUGCUCUUGAGUGUAAACAGUGGUUUUGAUUAUAAAGUAAAUGCUCAAUUAUAAUUAUAAAACGCAUUCCUCAAACUAUUCUAACAACGACAACCUCCUAGUGCACGUUCUGAGCUAAACUACAAGUUGUGAAGGGAUUUCUCUUCAGCAUAGGUACAAUUUUACUUUAAUUACACUUUAAUUGUGGUCUUGUGUGGAUUUUAUGUGAUGCUGAUCUUCAAAUUCAGAAUCCCUUUAUUUCGUCAAGUAUGUUACACAUACCAGGAAUUUGGCUUGGUGAGAGCAACACAUGUAACAGUUAUACAGACUAUUGACAAACAUUACACUACACAAAAAGAUACUGUAAACAAUAAAUACAAUAAAAAUAUAAUUAACACACCAACUUUUUAUUUAGCCACGCCCAUCUCCAACAUUUAUGCUAUUUGGUUUUGUUUUGUUUAAGGUUAGUUUUGUUUACUCCGUGUAAUGACGGCCUCAACCUCUCUUUAGACUGCAUAUUAAAAACACAGUGUUUCUCACAUUCACCAUGACUUAUUUUAUCACAGACAGUACAGAACCAAGAUAUUUCAUGUUUUAUGUAACUUCAUUUUAUAUGUUAAUAAAGGUGGAACAAACAGA